AAAAGACCUAAGAUGUGAACCUAACCUAACCUAACCUAACCUAACCUAACCUAACCUAACCUAACCAAUCAAGAUGUGAACGUAAUCCUAAUCCUAAUCGGUCAUGAUGUGAACCGAUCCAGAUAUGAGCUUGACCAGUUACUAUGUGAAUUCACGCUUGAACGUAGCAUGCACCGACAAGUCGCUCGUGAACUAUGCUGUAGUUGCAAAUGUGCACCACCCAUGGACAUAGCGCUGGCUUACAUGGCGGAAAAGCUAUUACAGUUUUUCAUAUGGCUUUUGCCGCUCUUAAUUGUCAGUCUUCUCUCUGUCAAAAGUGACAUUUUUUAAGUUGGUAGUGCGGCACACAGUGACUUAGGGUUUAUCUUUUACAUGCGACGGCACUGCAUUUGAAUUUGAAUUAACUCCGUACAUAGCACUCGCCCGCUCGAAGAGAGAUCGCAAGACCAACGCAAUAUUUAAAAAAGAGAAAAAAGUUUGUUAUAAAAAAAAAUUAAUUUUUUAAAUUGUUUAUAUGUGCAUCUUGAAUGAUUGGGUGACGAACAGAAGCAAGAGAAAAAAUUUGUUCGCGUAACGCGGUACUCCAUUUGCGUAAGCACAUACCUAUUCUCUUUCCAUUUCUCUUCACACUGCGAAAUCGAUUAAGCAUCUCCAUGGAAUCGCGGAAAUAGUCGGGUUUUUUUGGAAAGCGCGGCACGCAUUCCAAAAGCAGUGCCGCUUCAAUGUCUCUGUGAAUUGUCGAAUAUUCGUAGAAUGAGAAUCGGCGAUUUCGAAUCGCCGCAAAGAGCAUCGUCCGCAAUUCCCAGUGCUGCUUCGUCGACAAUAAAACUUAACACGUUAGGACGGGGUCGCAAGAUUGGAUACGAACGGAACGUUGCCUCGGCUCUUCUUCAGCAACGACAGGCUCUUCGUGUAAUUCGCGACAAUGUCGACGUCACGCCGAAACCGCUGGUUCACACAGCGUUCAGUACCAUUGAUGAGGGUCAGCUGACCGCCUUCGAAACUAUUGAGCUCCAGACAGGAAGCGUAUCCCAACUGAUGGCAUCUUCUUCGAGGAUCAGCGGCAGUCUCAAGACUAGUUCUUCCGCUUUUCUCAAGUCCUCUUCGAUGCCGACUGAUGAUUUUCAGUUAGAGAGUCUACUUUCAACGCAGCUUUGCAAGCUCAGUGAGGAAGAUGAUGAAGAUGAAGAGCCACCGGCAUUUUUUCUGCCUAGCGAUGACAUGACGACGUUCGCAACCCGCCCGGAAAAGGUGACGAUCAUCUUGAGAGAAACGCAGACGUUCUUCAUUUUUGAAAUGCCACAGCUGACUGAGGAUCUGCGAUCAACCGAAGGACAGGCUGUUCAACGAGAAAAUGAGAAUUACGAAUACGUAACGGUAGGGCCGGGUUCCACUCGGAAGCUACUAGAUGUCGAAACGCAAACAAUACGCGUACUGACUAAAUCGCGUGGCACCUUCUUGGGUGUUAGGCCCCGCAAAAGUCGGGGUGUGUUUGUAAACAACUGGACAAUGCAUGACACUUACGCGGCGCCAGAAUUGAUGAUAGAGAAGGAUGGACGUAUGAUUGUGCAUUCGAGGGAAUCAAUGGAUCGAAUGCGGCAAGCGCAAGAACUGUGGUACAAACUUCCCGAUUCCGAAGCGGUUCUCGAUCCGAGCCCCGAGGAGCAACUAUCCCGCAUUUAUCGCGAGUCACGUUUUCUGGACGCGGCAUGCGUGAUGGAGCGUAUACUUGCGAACAACGUAUUUGUGGCGGCACAGAAGCGCUUUACUGGUUUGACCAAGCGCGAUCCGUACGCUUUAGAUCUGGAGUUUAAUUAUCGUCUGGAUUUGCUGUGGACGUACACGUGCGAAGCGGCGCGCGAUCGUUCCGUGGCUGCGUUCCGUUGGAGCCCGUUGAACGCGAACGUUCUCGCCGUUGCUUACGGCGCCAAAACUGGAUCUGACAGAACUAACGGACUGUUGCUAAUCUGGUGCGCCAAGAAUCCUAGCCAGCCCGAUCGUACAUACACCUUCGACAGUCCGCUGUCCGAUAUCAAUUGGAGCAAAGAGCGACCUAAUCUUUUGGCAGUUGGUUUUUACAACGGGAAUGUGAAAGUUAUCGAUGUCAGGGCUAAGGAAGUAAACGUUAUUAGACAGAGUUGCAGGGAAACGUCGAUCGCUAGUUCGCCGCAGUGGCAGGUGCAGUGGUGGGUUGGCGAUGAGCAAUUUGACUACCAAGAGCAAAUAUACACCAGCGACCAGGAUGGUCGGGUGUAUUGCUAUCGUUUCGGCGAGGAUUUGCUCGCCACGGAAAUCAUGCGCUUGUACAGAGUUGAAGGUAAAUUGGCCGGAAUAUCUAGAACUGACCACUGCGUGACCUACGACGUGCUCAUCAGUCGUCAACCGGGCGCUCUCGUUCUCCGAAGACAUCCUACCAGUAGCAACAUCUAUUUCGUCGGCUCCGACGAGGGUUGCAUUUAUCGAUGUUCCACGAAUUAUUUGUAUCAUUAUAUAGAUUGUUUCCUGGCACACAACGGUCCGGUUUAUUCUUUAGAAUUUUCGCCCUUUUGCCAAAAAUUGUACCUAACUUGCGGCGCUGAUUGGUGUACCAGAAUCUGGGCCGAAGGUGUCACCGAGCCGCUUAUCACCUUAUCGACGGCAAUGGCGUGCGUGAGGAACGCUUGCUGGAGUCCUACGUAUUCUACUAUCAUUGCUAGCAUUAUUAAUGACCAGAUAUGCAUGUGGGAUAUUCGUAGAAAAACGCAUGUACCGACUUCUAUAACAGUUUCGAGAAACGGGGCAAGAUUGGUCGCCGCUGACUUCACGACAAAUGGAGAUCAACUGAUAGUUGCGGACGCCGAAGGUGUUGUUUACGUCUAUAAUCUCGAGGGCAUACCGUUUCCACCUUACGAUCAAACAAAAGUAUUGAUUGAAUCCGUUCACAAGGCAUUGAUAACAAAACCAGAGCUUCUAAGAAAACUGAAGAAGCUUGGGCCACCAUUUUGAGUUGAUUUCCUAAAUAAUAUUCAAUAUAAAAUAAUAAUUACAAUUAUAAAACAAAUUGAGUAUGUACGUAUGUACUGGCAAUUUGAAAACUUCUGUUUAGAAGAAAAGAAAAAGAGAGACCAUAUCUAUAGAUAUUCAUAUAAUUAAUAAAAGUCAAGUUUUGGUUUUAUUAGCAAUUGGUUCAAUACUAAUUUUAUAUUACGCAGGUUAAUGGCCAGCGAUACUAAAACUUUGAGAAGUUCAGAAAUUACAUGGAACCAAACAUGAAAUGCUCGUACACAGUAAAAAAACUCGUAGUAAAAUAUAAUAAUUAUUUACGAGAGAUCGUAACUCUUGGUCUUCUUCAAAAUAAAAAAAUGUUCACAACUAGAAGAAUGUCAGAAUUAAAUGUAGUCAAGAAAAAACUAAGAAAUCACAUUUAACAAUAAUAAUAUAAAAGAAACCGACAACAUCUCUUAAUUUUAACAAGAUGUUGUGUUCAAUUGUAUUUAAAUUUACAAAAUUCUACCAUAACUUUCACAUCGAGAGUUUUUUGAAAACUUUAUCCAAAGUCACACUGAUAUCAUCCGUGCAUAGAUUUUUUUAAAUCCUACUCUUUAAUUGUUUUUCAAGAUUAAAUAUUUUUAG